UUCUUUCAACACCCUAAAGAAUACAUCAUUCAACACCCUGCUAACAUUUUAAUUUAUUUAUUACCAUGGAUGGCGACCGACUGUUGAAUUGGAAAUGGGUGACUUAAGUUUCGGAAAGGGUGCGCUGCAGGCUCCCUCCAUUUCCUUUGACUUUCGUUUCUCAGGAAUCGACAGCACAUGCGCAGGAGAAUCUUGUACUGUAGAUAAAUAAACCCGACCUGGCCAAACAACAGGAAAAGAAGAAAACAUGGGUCUGUUAACAUUUGCCGCUGUGGCUACAGCAGGCGCGGCCUCUUCGGUGGUUGCAGCUCCUUUAAUCCUGGGGGCUGUCGGCUUCACUUCAGCUGGGAUAGCAGCGGGCUCCUACGCAGCAAGCAUGAUGUCCGCCGCAGCCAUCGCUAACGGAGGAGGGGUGGCGGCAGGCAGCGCUGUGGCUGUCUUGCAAUCCGCUGGUAUGGCUGGUUUGUCAGGCGCAGCUUCUGCAGCCUUGGCCAGUGCAGGAGGAGCUGUGGGAGGACUUGUCGCUUUACUCAUCUGAGGCUAAAACGUCACGUACUGUAAUAAGAAAGAAAUUCACAUGUGUCAUAUGUCAUUUCGUGACUCAUCCUAAUUCAAUAAAGUUGUGACAGUACAA